GGUCCCCGCCAGCCCCUCCCGCCGCGCCGCCGCCCCCUCCCCCGCCUCCGCCGCAGGGGGCAGGGCAGGAGGCGGGCGCGCGUCCCGCCCGGCCCCGCGACCCUUUUAAAGCGUGGCGGGCGCUGGCGGGGCAGGGCGAGCCCGGCGGCAGGGAGAGCGGCGCCCGAGCUCCCCCGAGCAGCCGCGAGCCAGGCCGCCCCGCCGGGGCCGCGCCGCGGCUCCCCGCCGCCCCUGCGCCCGGAGGGUCGGGCCAUGCGCCCCGACUAGCGCGCCCGUCCGCCCGCCCGCCCGCCGGCAUGCUGCGCCCGCUGCUGCUCGCCGCUCUCUGGCUGGCCGGCCGCCUCGCGCCCGCCCGCGCCUGCCAGCUGCCCUCGGACUGGAGGCCCCUGAGCGAGGGCUGCCGCGCGGAGCUGGCGGAGACCAUCGUGUACGCCAAGGUGCUGGCGCUGCACCCCGAGGAGCCCGGCCUGUACAACUACCUGCCCUGGCAGUACCACGCCGGCCAGGGGGGGCUCUUCUACUCGGCCGAGGUCGAGAUGCUGUGCGACCAGGCGUGGGGCAGCAUGCUGGAGGUGCCCGCCGGCUCCAGGCUCAACCUCACGGGCCUGGGCUACUUCUCCUGCCACUCCCACACCGUGGUCCAGGACUACUCCUAUUUCUUCUUCCUCAGGAUGGAUGAAAAUUAUAACCUCUUGCCUCAUGGAGUCAAUUUCCAAGAUGCCAUCUUUCCAGAUACACAAGAAAACAGAAGGAUGUUUUCCAGCCUUUUCCAGUUUUCUAACUGUUCCCAAGGGCAGCAGCUGGCGACUUUCUCCAGUGACUGGGAGAUCCAGGAAGACAAUAGGCUCAUGUGCUCCUCGGUGCAGAAAGCGCUGUUUGAGGAGGAGGACCAUGUCAAGAAACUGCAGCAGAAGGUGGCCACGCUGGAGAAGCGGAACAGGCAACUCCGCGAACGGGUGAAGAAGGUCAAGAGGUCUUUGCGGCAGGCGCGGAAGAACGGCCGCCACCUGGAGCUGGUGAACCAGAAACUCAGCGAGAAGCUGGCGGCUGUGGCGGGCACGCUGCCGCACAUCAAUGCCCUGGGGCGGGAGCCCGCGCGCGCCCCCUACCUGCGGGGGUAGUGGGACGCAGAGGGCUGCGGGGACCCUUGCCUUUCUCGGUGGGAAUUAGGGAUGACGUGCCCCUAUUUCAAACUUUAUAGGAGAUGUUCUGUUCUGCAUUUGGUAGAGUCUAACUGGAUAAAGUGCUGUUCUUGCUUUCCCCUGGGGUGCUGGCCUGAGCAUCAGAUCCCACAUGCUGCCCCAUCCUAGCGUGACCCCAAUAUGGUGUUUGAAGUCCAGAGACAGCAUGAUCCUCAGGGGUUGUGCGCUCCCCUAGAAUCUAAGCUCAGCUUCUUGGGUGUGUGUUGGAGGGGGCAGUCUGGAAAGUGCCCAGGGUGGAAAGAGAACACUUUAAAAUCUAAGUGUAUAAGACAUCAAGAGGUUCAGCCUUUAUUUCAAAAGAGUUCCCAAGAAGGAAACUGAAGCAAGUCCUGGAAGCUUCUGGUGCCUCCUUGUCCCCUUCUUUGGGAACAGGACACCUAUAUGCAAAUGUGCAGGGCACCCCUGCUCCAGGAAGUAUUCCCCUCACAGCUGGGGUAGCUUAUUAGUUAAUGAGCUUAUCACAGGUCAGGGAAUUGAGUCCAGAGUGGGGUAGCACUUUAAACAUCAAACAAGAUGAAUUAUACCUGAUACCCAACCUGAGCUCCUCAGGAUUGACGAUAAUACUUACAGGUUGCUUGAAUGCAGAGAGCAAUUGACCUUAGGGGCCCACGUCUUCCAUCACACUGCAUUCCCAAAUUGGAAUUUAGCUUGGCCACUGAAUUUCCAACCUCUUGUUUGCUCAGUCAUUACUUCUAAUGUCUCUGAGUUUAAAGUGAGCUGCCCCAGUACACUGUGAACGGUUCUGCCAAGACACCUGUUUACCUAUGGAGAUUGAGCAAACUUACCUCGUUCCCACACAGGCUCCCAGAGGGCUUUCCACAGGCAUUCCCACUUCUGCUUCUUUCUGAAAAUGUACUGUGCCCCCCAACCCCUGUCCCCAACCACCCAUGAGGCCUGACUAUGCCCGGGUAAAAAUAGUUGCUCAUUAGUGCACUUGUCUUUGUGUCAGUUCCUUAAACAAUCAAAGCACUUCUUAGGAAAGAAAACUUUUAAAGCAAUACAAGAAAAAAAAGAGUAUUCACUAAUCACUCAAGCACAUUUGAUCAAGCCCCAGCUGUGUUAUUAAGUCAGUUGAGGGGUCAGCUCUUGUUUAUCUUCCAAUUGUAGCCCUGCAAACAACAGGUGCCCUUCCCUGCUAUUUCUCCAAAAGAAGCUUUUGGACCAUAUCAGAGUGCCAUCCAGAGACCACCCUGGGUACUUGUGGGGCUCCUGAUGCCACCCUCUCCCCUAGAAAUGCUGAUCACUCUUAGACUUCCACUGUUCUGUUGUUAGGAAAGCAAGUGCUUCUUGUUAUAGCAGCCACUCUAGGAAUGUGAACCUUGUGUUGCUUGAGUCUUGGUGUCAGGAUGCUGCCCCAGGGGGAGAAGUCUAUGCCCUGGACUGGACAGGAUGGGAGCUUUUGCCUAGGGGCACUCAACUGCCAAGCUUCUGCCAUCAACUUGUUAGUUGUAUUCUUCACAGUAUGCUGCAAUUCAAGGUGUAUUUUCUAGUUUAUUCAACCUGGGGACAUUUCAUUAAGGCAGUUUUGCUCGCACUCAAGGGAAUGGUAAGCCUAGAGGUGAUUUACAGCCAGGGCUUAGAGAACUGUGGAGCUGGAUCCCUACAGAUGCCUUAUGUUCUGCUUUUCCAAUAAAUAACAAGCAGUGACUUAAACCACAACAACGAGACAAUGAGUGUUU